AUGUAUUCUACUUCCCUUGGUCCAGGCUCAGGAAGUUUCUUUCUGCAAUCUAGUGUCGCAUAUGAUUUCUUGACCAGGUCUAAGAGCCACUGGCCCAGACGCUAUGGGCAUCAACCUUGGUUGUAUGUACCUAGGCACUAUCGAACUCUGACUCGUCGGACUCUGACCAGAGUCCGCCCCGUUGCCGAGGUCACAAAAGGAAUGCAGCAACAACCCCUUACCAAGGCGAUACAAUAUCCAUACAUGGGCAUGAUGUCAGAUGGGCGAGAGUUCCACUGGUUCGAAGUUGUUGGGACGACAUUUGGCGCCCUCCAUGUGCCCUACAUGCGUUCUACAGGCACUGUGUGCAAUGGAUCGAAGCAAUACAGAGCACCUUUCAAGCGACAUGUAGCACAUGCAGUGGCUUUAUUCCAACUCCCAACAGAGCUUCGGGGACUGCUUGCUGGGAGAAGGAAGAGAAUGAGAAAAAAGAUUGGAUAUGUUGCUCUUUCUGGUUGCAAGAAACGUGGCCAGUGGCUCCAGACUUUAUAUGCCCUGCCCUGGUUGCAGAGCAAGGUGAGGUGCAUGUCUAACCGCACAUGUCUUGCAGGCACAGCCUCGGAGCUACCAGAGCGUAUAAUUACGCGUUCCCUCUUCCCUCCAUGCAGUCGAAGUCGACGGAACAGGUGUUGCUCUAGAUCAUUUGCCUCCCCGGAAAAGAGAUAUAAUCUACCUUUCUGUCAAACCCGUUUCCUCUGCUUCUUCUUCGGGCAACCUUCAUAUUCAGUAGCAUCCUCUCCAUCCUCAAUAUCCAUCCCACCCGUCCUUGCGUCCUUACACUCCAUCACUGCGCUUCAGACUCACUCUUGUCCCUGGUUCCUUCCGCCUUCACCUGCAGUAGUGCCACACCUGUCUCCUCUGUUUCUUCCGUUCAGAGCUACGAAAAUGGGCGAAUGGGUGAAAGACCACUCGUCUGUGCUCGGUGAAGGAAAUGACGACGACGACCUCUUCGAAUUCAAAGACAUUCCCCCGCCCUCCUCCAAAAAUUCGCGGCGAUGUUCGUACACUCCUAUCGACGAGGAUCACCUCGCGGCCCUGUUUGCGCCGUCGUCGCCUGCGCCCUCUGCGGGCUUCGAAAAUUGCUCGACUCCCUCUCCGCCCACAUCACAUCUCGGCAACAAAGGGGAGGACAAGACCGAUGUGGCCGCCAUCCUUGACGCGGUCUCUGCAGCCCGCAGCCGUGUCUUGGAGGUCUCUGUGGGCAUUCAUUUAUCGUCCUUGGAGGACGACAAUGACGCGGAUGAGAACGAGCUCGAGGCCUUCUUCGCCGCCGCCUCUUCAACUGCUGCAUCUUCCACUGCUGCCUCUUCCCAGGGGCUCGACUGUCCCUCACCGUUUGCCCUUGGCCCAUCCGUCGACGGCCUAACUGACGAUGAUGUCGCCAUUUCCAGCUGCGAACCCGCCGAUCCUGCUCCUGUCCUUCCCCGGGUUCCCACCCCGGAGUCAUCCACUUCGGUUCCGGAGUCCAGCGACGAAGAGCUGGGCGAGGAUGCUCUGGCCGCUCUAUUCGAGGCAGCCACACCUACCCUCACCCCAGUCGCUUCCGGCAACCUCGAUACACCGUUGUUAGACUCAGGCGCGCACGAAGACGGCACCCAGACGCCGACGACCGCCACACGGGAGACACCCGCACCGGCGGUCCCGACCCUCGCCGCCGCCAUAGAGGCAGUGGCGGCCCUUGAUGACUACGAAGCCCGCAAAGCUGCCAUCAGUCAGAUGAUUGCGGCCGCCAAAGCCGCUGCCGUCGCCAACAACAACAUCAACAACAACACCCCUACCCCGCCGACUUCCACCACCACUACCGCCAGACGGGCCAAAAAGACCAAGGAAAAGCCUAAGAAGCCGGCGGUGCUCCUCGACAAGCGGGGGCUCCCCCUGGACAAGAAGGCACGCAGGGCGGAGCUGCGCCGGCGCGAGCGGGAGCGGCCGCGCACCGCCGCCGAGACGGAGGCCACGCACGCCACGGCCCACCUCUUCGCCUCCUCCUCCUGGAGGGCCACCCCGCGCCGGGACAAGCGCAAGGCGUGGAUGGUGGAAGCCGAGGCGGCCGCCGGCGGCGGGUGGCUGGAGGAGCAAGGAGGGGCGGGUGUCCCGCCGGCGGCGAAACCCCCUACCGCUCUUUCUGCUGCGGCUGCGAAUUCGCCCCCUGUACUACCUACGGCCGAGGAGGACGAACGCUGCGCGAAGCGUCGGGCGACGUUGCAGGAGAUGCGGUCCCGCGGAGUGGAGAUCGUGGACCUGCUGCUGGACGACAGCGACUGA